UCCGGGAAUGUAAAGGAGCGACGUGUGGGAAGGUGCUGCUUGAGGAAAGACGAAAAUGGCGUUGUGGGUGCGGGACUUGCUGGCUUCUGGAGCGCAGCCGGUACCUCUGCCGGCCGAAGAUCGAUCGGUUUGUGGUUUACUCCGCGCUCGUUGCCGGGUACAGGGUCUUCCUGAAGAUCACUUCUACAUAAAGUGUAAUGGUCGACUUGUUAAUUCUGAAGAUGUGCUACAAGAAGGAGCUGUUUACAGCCUGGAACCAAGACUGUGUGGCGGAAAGGGAGGUUUUGGAUCUAUGCUCCGAGCACUUGGUGCUCAAAUUGAGAAGACAACAAAUCGAGAAGCUUGCAGAGAUCUUAGUGGAAGGAGACUUCGAGAUGUUAACCAUGAAAAAGCAAUGGCCGAAUGGGUGAAGCAGCAAGCAGAACGGGAAGCCGACAAGGAGCAAAGACGUGUGGAAAGACUGAAGCGCAAACUUGCGGAGCCGAAACACUUUUUCACGAACCCAGACUACCAGCAGCAAUGUCACGAGAUGGCAGAAAGGCUAGAGGAUUCCGUUCUCAAAGGCAUGCAAGCGUCUUCUAGCACAAUGGUCUCGCCAGAGAGCAGUGAGAGCCGGAAACGGCCUGCUGAUUCUGAAAAGGGAGCCACGUCUGAGAAGAAGAAGUGCUUUUGGUUGGGGGUGGAAGGCUUGGAGGACCCUGACAGUUCACAAGACAGCAGUAGCAGUGAAGAUGACGACUCACCUGGCACAUCAGGAAGUUGCACAGUGUCAUCUGGCAACCAUGUGAAGAUGGUGGAAAGUACAGAACAGUAUCCUAGCAGUUCUGAGGAUUCCAGAAGCUGCUCUUCAGCCUCUGAUGCAGCUGAGAAUUUGCAAGAAGAAGGGAAGGGUGCUAAAAAGGAUCUGGUAGAGGAUCCACCUAUCACUGAAACUGCAGCUAUUGAGAAACAUGAAACAGCCAGGACAACAAAGGACAGGGAUCAGGCGCAUGCCUCAGAUACGCGGGAACCUGUGAGCCAGUUACAGAGCACAGAGACUUCAACAAUAGAUCUUUUGGAUUUCAACUCUGUUGCUGAACUGGAAGCCAUAGGACUAGACAAGCUGAAGUUUGAGCUGACGGCUUUGGGACUGAAAUGUGGGGGCACGCUGCAGGAAAGAGCAGCACGGCUUUUCUCAGUGAGGGGUCUGCCGAGAGAUCAGAUAGAUCCUGCUUUGUUUGCUAAGCCUUCAAAAGGGAAAAAGAAAUAAAUUUUUAAACUGUG